CACUGCUCUGCGGGACCAAAGAGAGAAGUAAGCGGGGAAUGCAAAGACAGUGACUCUGGACACUUACCGACAUGGUAUAUAUCUUGUGCAGCAGCUUUUCCAAUUCCUCAUGCCCUCGCACGACGACGCUUUGCUCCUCCAAAUCCAUCGCUUUGCUAUAGCUCCAAGCUCUGUGAAAGAGAAGAAAGAUGGUUAGAGGAGGAGAUCAUCAUUCCACCACCACCACCACCACCACCACCACCACGGGGAUGGCGAUGGUAGCAGCAGCAGAGCAUCACCUCUCACUUUGCACGCUCGACUCGCAGCCUCCCACGCCACAGUCUCACGCCUCCCAGUCUCACACACUCUCACUCUCGUCACUCUCCCACCACCAAGCACUAGCGGCAGUAGCGGCAGCUCCAGGAGUUCCAGGAGGAGGAGGCGGGGGAGUUCCGGGGCUUCCAAUCCUGCUCCACUCGAGCUCGGGCGAUCCACUCCGCCCGGAGGAAGACGGCCACGACACACACUACUCGCAGCGCUCGCCAUGGCUGCGAGCAAUGGUGCUAGGAGCAAACGAUGGCCUCAUCUCCGUCGCCUCCAUCAUGGUUGGCGUGAGCGCAGUGAAGUACGACGUCAAAGCUUCGCUCCUCUCGGGCAUCGCGGGGCUCAUCGCGGGAGCUUGCAGCAUGGCGAUCGGCGAGUUCGUGUCGGUCUACUCGCAGCGCGACACCGAGCUGGCCGAUCUGGAGAAGGAGAAGCAAGAACACAUGGCCGGGCCGGAGCGAGAGCUGGAAGAGCUGGCGCAGAUCUACGUGAGCCGCGGGCUGAGCUACUACCUGGCCAAGCAAGUCGCGGAGGAGCUGUCGAGCCACGCCGAUGGAGCGCUCAAAGCUCACGCGCGGGACGAGCUGGGGAUCGAUCUGGACGGCCUGUCCAAUCCAAUGCAGGCCGCCACGGCGUCGGCGCUGGCCUUCUCGGUGGGCGGCGCGGUGCCGCUGCUGGCGGGCGCGUUUGUGGGGACUUACAAGUACCGCCUCACGGCGCUGCUGGUGUCGUCCACGGCGGCGCUGGCGGCGUUCGGGGCGCUGGGCGCGCGGCUGGGCGGAGCCGCCAUGGGCAAGGCGGCGCUCCGGGUCACGCUGGGCGGAUGGGCGGCCAUGCUCGUCACCUAUGGAUUCCUCUUCUUUGUCAGCCGCUACAUCGGGCCCUAAGUACUCGAGCUCCUCCAGCGAUUCAAAGCUCGCUCUAACGUGGUAUAUGCUUGUUUCAAACAUGGUAUCUUUUAGUUGUUGUGAAUGAUUAUUCGCUUAUAUAAAACAACCCCGAUAGAGAAUUUGGCUCA